UUGCACUGUGUCCGUACCGGCGUUCCUGCUUCACUGGUUUAGCAUUGUUUUUAUCGUCACUUUGUCCGAUCAUGGCUUCCCACUCCGCUGAAGAACCAUUCCCUUUUCAUGGGUUGCUUCCCAAAAAAGAGACUGGUUCUGCGUCUUUCCUUACAAGAUUUCCCGAGUAUGAUGGAAGGGGUGUCCUUAUCGCCAUACUCGACACCGGUGUGGACCCAGGGGCCCCGGGUAUGCAGACGACAACGGAAGGGAAACCAAAGGUAGUAGACAUCAUUGACACAACAGGCAGUGGAGAUGUCAAUAUGUCGACAGUUGUGGAGCCAAAAGAUGAGACGGUGGUGGGUCUGUCAGGGAAGACACUUAAGAUCCCUACUUCCUGGGUUAAUCCAUCUGGAAAGUAUCACAUAGGAAUCAAGAAUGGCUUUGACUUUUUCCCUAAGGCCCUGAAAGAAAGAAUACAGAAAGAACGAAAGGAGAAAAUGUGGGAUCCAGGACACAGAGCUGCCCAGGCUGAAGUUAGCCGUAGGAUAGAGGAGUUUGACCAAGCGCACCCAAACCCCUCACAGAUGGAGAAGCUUCAGAAGGAGGAGCUGCAGGCUCAGGCGGAGCUACUGACCACGUUAGAGAAGAAGUACAGUGACCCCGGUCCUGUUUACGACUGCGUACUCUGGCACGAUGGGGUCACCUGGAGAGCUGUUGUAGACACAACAGAGAAUGGGGACCUGGCCUCUUGCACGGUGCUGAGCUCCUACAGAGAAAGACAGGAGUUUGCUACUCUCGGUGAUGCCGAGAUGCUCAACUACUCCGUCAACAUCUAUGAUGAAGGAAACACGCUUUGCAUCGUCACUAGUGGGGGUGCUCAUGGGACACAUGUGGCCAGUAUUGCAGCCGGACACUUCCCUGACGAGCCAGAGAGGAACGGCAUCGCACCAGGCGCCCAGAUCCUUGCUCUGAAGAUCGGAGACACCCGCCUCAGCACCAUGGAAACGGGGACAGGCCUUAUCCGUGCGAUGAUUGAAGUGAUCAACUACAAGUGUGACUUAGUAAACUACAGUUACGGCGAAGCCACACAUUGGCCAAACUCAGGGAGGAUCUGCGAGGUAAUCAAUGAGGCUGUGCAAAAGCAUAACGUGCUUUUUGUAUCGAGUGCCGGAAACAACGGUCCAUGUCUCUCCACUGUGGGUUGUCCUGGGGGAACUACGAGCUCUGUGAUCGGUGUGGGAGCAUAUGUUACUCCUGACAUGAUGGUGGCUGAGUAUUCACUAAGGGAAAAGCUUCCACCCAACCAGUACACAUGGUCUUCUCGUGGGCCCAGCACAGACGGUGCCCUCGGGGUCAGCAUCAGUGCACCAGGUGGCGCUAUUGCAUCUGUGCCCAACUGGACACUGCGUGGAACCCAACUCAUGAACGGAACCUCUAUGUCUUCUCCAAAUGCCUGUGGUGGCAUUGCAUUGGUGCUGUCAGGUUUGAAGCAGAAUGGUAUUCGCCCCUCAGUUCCAGCAGUGAGACGAGCUUUAGAGAAUACUGCUCUGAAGGUUGAUGACAUUGAGGUCUUCGCACAAGGACAUGGCAUCAUUCAGGUGGACAAAGCCUUUGACUACCUCAUGCAGCAUGCCUCUGUGCCUACCAACAAUCUGGGCUUCACUAUUUCCGUGGGAGCGCAGCGAGGCAUUUACCUCAGGGACAUCGUCCAAGUGGCCACUCCGUUUGACCACAGCGUGGGGAUCGAACCCGUGUUCCCUGAGAACACAGAAAACUCGGUGCGCAUCUCCCUCCAGCUGCACCUAGCCCUCACAUGCAAUGCAUCAUGGGUACACUGUCCGUCCCACCUAGAGCUGAUGAAUCAGUGUCGUCAUGUCAACGUGCGUGUGGACCCGCAGGGACUGCGGGAGGGAUUGCACUAUACAGAGGUGUGCGGAUAUGACACAACAGCCCCAAACGCAGGCCCUCUCUUUAGAGUGCCCAUCACCGUUAUAGUCCCUGCAAAAGUCCCAAAUGGACAUAGUCCAGAAAUUUCUUUCACUGAUGUCCACUUCAAACCGGGUCAGAUCCGCCGGCAUUUCAUCACUGUACCUCAGGGGGCGUCCUGGGCAGAGAUCACGCUAACGUCACACUCGGGAGACGUGUCCUCUAAGUUUGUGCUGCAUGCCGUCCACCUGGUCAAACAAAGAGCUUACAGAGCCAAUGAGUUCUACAAGUUCUCCUCUCUGCUGGAAAAGGGCUCUCUGACGGAAGCCUUUCCCGUAUUGCCGGGAAGGACCGUAGAAGUGUGUGUAGCACGCUGGUGGGCCAGCUUGGGUGAUGUCACAAUAAAUUAUGUCAUCUCAUUCCACGGACUGAUGACCACGCCCUCUUCCUUGCACAUUCAUGCAUCUGAAGGUAUAUCCUCUUUUGAGGUGACAUCACCUCUGCGCUAUGAAGACAUCUCGCCCAGUAUAACUCUAAAGAACUGGGUCCAGCCUCUUAGGCCCACUAGUGCUAAGACUAAAGCUCUUGGUGCUCGAGAUGUUCUUCCCAACAACCGCCAGCUCUAUGAGAUUGUUCUCACAUACAAUUUUCACCAGCCCAAAAGCGGAGAGGUGACGCCUAGCUGCCCACUGCUCUGUGAGCUGCUGUAUGAAUCAGAGUUCGACAGCCAGCUUUGGAUGCUUUUUGACCAGAACAAAAGACUCAUCGGCUCAGGAGAUGCGUAUCCGCACCAGUACUCGCUCAAACUGGAGAAGGGGGACUACACAGUGCGCCUGCAGGUGCGUCACGAACAAGCGUCCGAGUUGGAGCGCCUGAAGGACCUGCCCUUCAUUGUGUCACACCGCCUGUCCAACACGCUCAGCUUGGACCUUUACGAGAGCCACCGGGCUGCGCUGCUCUCCAAGAAGAAGGCCAACUCCCUCACUCUCUCCCCAGGAGCCUGUCAGCCAUUUUACAUCAACGCCCUGUCCGAUGACAAAAUCCCUAAAGGCACUGGUCCCGGCUGCUACCUGACUGGAUCCUUGGUUCUACCCAAGGGCGAGUACGGAAAGAAAGCAGGCCAGGCCACAGCAAAACGACAAGGAAAGUUUAAAAAGGAUGUUGUACCGCUUGUCUACCACCUGAUUUCCGCUCCCAACAAAGCCAAGAAUGGAGGGAAGGAUAAAGAAAAGGAUGGAGAAAAGGACGUGAAAGAGGAGUUCUCUGAAGCCCUCAGGGAUUUGAAGAUCCAGUGGAUGACAAAGUUAGACAACAGCACUAUUUACGACGAGUUGAAGGAGAGCUUCAGCACCUAUCUACCACUUCAUGUUCAACGCCUGCACCAGCUUGAUUCAGAGAAGGAGCGAUUGAAACGCCUGGUAGAUAUCGUAGAUGCUGCGGAUGUGGUCGUCUCACACAUUGACCAGACGGCCCUCGCAGUUUACCUUUCAAUGAAGACCGACCCCAGGCCUGACGCUGCCACCAUCAAGAGCGACAUGGAAAAACAGAAGUCGUCUCUGUUGGACGCUCUGUGUCGGAAAGGCUGUGCUCUGGCUGACCAGCUGCUCCAGGCUCCGCAGGAGGAAGGAGCCAUCGCUGGAGCAGGUGCCGGCGCCCGCGUCGUGGGCAGCCCUGAUGAGGCAGCCCAGGAUGUGGCCAAGGCCCUGACCGAUACAUUUUGGGAGGUGCAGAAAUGGGCAGACCUCACAGAUUCUAAGGUUUUAAGCUUUUCUUACAAGCAUGCACUUGUGAACAAGAUGUAUGGGAGGGCUUUGAAGUAUGCAUCUAAAAUCGUUGAAGACCGACCCAGCAAAGACAACUGGAAGAACUGUGCUCAGCUGAUGCGGUCUUUGGAGUGGAUGCAUUGUGCCAACUUUACUGACAACUGGCUUCCCAUUAUGUACCCGUCUGAGUACACACCCUUUUAAGGGGCCUGCGAUAAAUGUGUCGUUUUAACUGGCUGCCAAUAGACUGCUUACAUGUUCAAUAUGCAGAAUGCACAGACAAACAAAGGCAGACCUCUCACCCUGAUGAAUGCAGUAGAAAUAACAAGUUGGAAUGGAACUUGAUUUCCUACGUUCUUUUACGGAACACUCACAGAAUGACCUAAUUACUCCUCACAGUACGUGUACCCCCUCAGCACACUGCACUGUGGUUAUUGCGAAACAUAAUUGGAUGCUCGAGCACAUUUAAAGAUAGAAGCAGUGGGCACAUUUUACUGUCAUUUCAAAAGAAUUCAACUUUUCUCUGUAAUGCUGAGAAAAUGUUGUUCUGAAUUUAGUCAAAAAAGGCACUCUCAGAUGAGUUGGCGUUCUCUCUGUAUAUGUAUAUACUUGCGAGGGAUAGCCAUUUUAACCAUGUGGGGAAGCCUGAGUGUGUCUUGGAGGGUCGGAUUAAUGCUAGCCUCCUUGAAUCAGAAACAGUUGUCAACGGUACCUCACAUAAACCUUUCAUCAUAACAUCAACAUAAACAUGAUAUAAACCUGUCAUGGCUUAUCCCGACAUGUCAUAAAAGUCCAUAGCCUGUAAUAAAACAAUGCCUAGUUAUCAUUGUCUGUGUUUUGUCAUGACGGCUCUCAAUAUAUUUCACAUCAUACACUUAUGUUAUGUAAAGCUCUCAGAGCUGUGAGAGCAAUUUCUUAGAAUGGCACCAUGAUACAGUCUCAUUCAGCAGUGACUAUCGUAAUGGCUAUUGGCUGGAUUAUGAUAUAUGUCAUGACAUGGUUAAACCAAUCCAAACAUUGAGGUUACAAGUGAAACGUUAGCCCAUUCUCUGUUAAAAUAUCUGUAGUUGUGAAUUAUCACAAACAGUUACCAAGGCAAUAUCAAAUGUAAUUAAUCCUUAUUAUUUUCUGACAUUUAUGUAAAAUGUAUGCAUGUUUUGUAACAGUUUUUUUUGUAAAUUCAGAAUAAAUAUGACUGGGCUUUUAUUCACACAGCUGAGAAAGACCAGGUUCAGUCUUGUACUUAAUCAAGAAUGAUGCUUUAGAUGCAUUAUAAGUUUGCAUAUGUCUGUGCCUAAAUGUGUGUUCUUGUGUAUGUGGGCGAGCGUGGGUGUGUUUGUGUGUGUGUGUGUACAUGCCAUGUGUGAAUGUCCUGUUAGUUCCCUUAAUUGUGCUGUUUAUUUAUUUAUUUAUUUUUUUAAAAACACUUAAUGUAGCCAGACAUUUUUAGUGUGUCAGACAGAAUUUGUAUGCAUUACCACCAAUGCCAAAGUCACAAUAUAGACUCCGACUAUAUAUCAGAUAUCCUAUUGUUGAAGACCUUUGUCUUGUGCAACCCAGUGGAGCUCCAGCACAGGACUGUCUGGUACGGGGAGUGAGGGAAGAUCUGGUUCCCCUGCCCUCCCCUGUAUCUUCUAAACAAAUCAUUUUGUUGUUGUUGUUGUUGUUCAGGGUUUUACAGUUUUGCUGACUUUGUUUACAGCAGGUCCUUUUACGAAUGCCUUAAUAUUCACACUUUGACUUGGGACAUCCUCAGCUGACUUCAGUCACAGGUUUCAUAUCACAUACAGGUUUGAUGUUAAUGACCUCAGAAAUAUUUAUUAAAGUAUUGUAUCUACAAAGUAUAAAAUAAAACCUAGUCCAUGCUUACAUUUUAGUUGUAAAUGUACCAGUAUUACUUUACUUGUUUUGUUAUCUAUGGACUCGGAAAAUGAGUCAUACUCUUGUUAUCUCACUGAAUGUGUAGAAUUAUGUCACAAUGUUGGAAAAAUAUAUUCAGAAGAAAAUUAUUUCAAAGUGAAAAUAAAACAGACAAAAUAUCACACA